GUUCACUUUCACUUUGCAGGAAAGUUUAAAAGCUGGUUUUUGCGUCCCACCCCCUUCCCAUCUCUGACACAGCCAGGGGCAAAAGUCUCUGUGAAUGAACAGACCUCGGCAGGAAGGGAAAGUGAAAGCUGAUUGGGGAGGGGAGGCAGCCGAUACAACCGCAGCAGGAGAAGGAUUUCAGAGGGAUCCACCAUGGCAAUGAGCGGGGAGGGGGAUCCUUCCGGCCAGCGAGAGGGGAUCCUGCAGCAGUUCUACGCCGACAGAGUCUUCCUGUCCGGAGACAAAGGCUGGAGGGUCGGGAAGAAUUUCUUCGUGGUAAAAAGCAUGGUGGAGAAGAUGGUAAAAUGGGCCUAUGAAUCCAGCACCGGGCUCUACCCCAACGACCCCAUCCCGGUCGGCAGCCACAGGGAAGGGCUGCACCUUCAAGUGGAGGGGAGUUCCAACGGUUUCGACUUCCUCAUCCCCGCGAGGUAUAACCCCAAGCUGGCGCUCGCAAGUGGGGGCAUCGCCAAGGAGCCUGGCAGCUAUGAAAAGAAGCUGCCCACCUACAUUUUCCGCGAGCAAGGGCUGCCCGUGUUUCGCUGGGGCACCAAAGUCCUUGUGGACCUCGAGGCUUUCGGGGAGAUGUACGUGGAAGUCCACUGCCACCGGCAAGCGGAGCGCCUGGCGGACGAGGACGACGAGGAAGACCUGGAUUUCUUAGAUGAGUGCAAGGUAGAUUUCGACAGAGCGGCAUCAUCACCAUGGUUAUUUUGAUGAUGAUGAUUAGGUAGUUUAUAUACUACUUCUACUUCAAAAAAGACUUUAAAGCAGUUUAGGACAUUAGAAAAGUAUCACACAUAAGUACAAAAAAAAAGUGAACUAAAAAUAAGCAUUUUGAUGUGGUACAAAACAAUUAAGUAAAAUCCUCAUGAAAAUCAAUAUGAACUAGAACUACUAUCAUACAUUAUCAUUAACUUGGUGGAACUUCUGAGACCUGAAUGUUCAGUGCACAUUUUAAGUCAGUUUUCUGAUUUGAUUGUUUAACUUGAUUUAUUGGUAUUGUGCCUUUUAUACUGUGAAGCCACCUAGAGACGGGCAGAACAAUCCAAGCUAUGGGAAGCUGGUAAAAUUUCUACUGUCUUAAAUGAUGCCAGCUUAAGUUAGGCGGGUGUAGUCUGAGGUUGUGCUUUAUGCUGGCGUGAGCACAGCCAGGGAGUGUGGGUUUUACACUGGUGUAGCCCCCAGCUCAGCUAAGACCCGCUGAAUCCACACCUCAUCCUCCUGGUGGAUCUGGGGUUUCCAUUCUCCAACUCAAGAGGAUGCAAAAUCCAGUGACCCGCUUUGUUUUCUCUUUGUCCAGGAGAGCCUCAGCCACCACCACCUGGACCCUGUCCAAAUCUUGGAGGACUUUCACCGACAUAUAGAAAUCGCUUUGGACCCAGGUACAGCCAUGGCAGCGCAGGUGGUGUGCUAACAUUUCCUUUGGUCCGAGGGUUGCUUGAGAGAGGGGCAAAUUGAACUCCCAAACCUGUAGUUAGUUAGUUAGUCACACACACACACACACACACACACACACACACACACACACACCCUCCCCCCCGUUAUAGCAUGCUAUUCUGUAAACCUCAUAAUCCGAUUCCUCAGAUACCUGGACUUACAGGUGCUUUUCCUCUAAGGAGACCUGGCAGCCAUCCUAAAGAAAUUCAGGUUGCCGCCUUUGUUCUGAACACGUACCCUAUAUUUAUGCAACAGGCUUAAUAUCAUAUCACCACACUGAGAUAAGCUGCACCUGUUAUAAUGAAUUUCCACUUGUCAUGUAAUUAAAAGCAGAGCAAUCCUUUUUAGGAAACAAUGAUUGAGUAGGGGUUUGGGAGCCUGAAUGUCAGGCCAUUCGCAAUUCUCCAUUAACUUAUUUUCUCGAACUUUUCUUUCCUGCCUUCCCAGAGUGCACCCAUCCCCGGCAAAAUGGUAAGCCCAAAAACAUGUAGAAAUUAUUUUCCCAUUGGGAGAAGCCAUUUGCAAGGGGGGCUGGAUUUGGCCUACGGUUGUUUAUUUCCAAAUACUUAGCAGCAUUCCUUGAAUUUCCCCCUUGACCAUUAGAUCCUGUUUUCCGGCAAAAACUCUUCCGUUCCCGUGUACCCAAGAUAGACAACUGGAUGAGACGUGAGUCUAUUUUUGAGACGUAUGUUUAUUGCCAAUUCCCUCAAAUGUAAAAACAUCAGAGUGAGUUCUGUCCUUGCCAACACCUUCCUUCAAUAAUUAACCGGUCAGAUAUGAAUAUAUUUUAAAAUUCCAUUGCAAGAGCUCUGUGGACAGAAUAUGACCUCUUCUGGAGUGGAGGCAGGUAACCAGAUCGCAGAUCUGCCACCUAUCCUUCUGUAUAAGGGACAGACUUUAUACUUAAAUAAAAAUAUUUCUGAUCACCUAGCCUUUUAGAUUCUUGGGAGAGUAACAAGACUGCCUUGCUAUUAUUUAUGUUUGCUUGUGUUUCUAUUACUGUUGUAAUGCCAUGACUGGUUUACCAUUAAGAUUUAUAGGCUGCACACUGCUGUAGGUAUUCCCAAAACCCUAAAGAAAGGCACUGAAGAAAUGAAAAAUGCAAUAACUUUAUUGUUCCUUCCCCUUGAUUCCUGGGGGCAAUCAUGCUUUGUCUGUGCCCUAUGCAGAGAACAUCACACUGGAGGCCCUGAAUUUGGAGAGUCCUGCCAUCCAGCUGGUUUUCCUUGAAGGGACGGAAACUGUCCCAGUGAAGCUGGUGCCUGCCAUCCAGGGAGCCUUCAAGCUCUCCAACCAGUGGCUGAGAGAAGACCUGGCCCACCUUUCCGAAUGGUGGGAUGGGGACCUGGCCAACGAAAAGAAAAGCUUUCUCCGGAAAGCAGCCGUCGUUCAGGAAGUUGGACCAGAGCUGAUAGCCAAGGGAGGAUUUUGGAGGUAAAAAAAAGUAAACAAACUUAGCAGCCGAGAAGGAGCAAAGGAAUAGUUACCCUCUGGUGGGAAAGCAGAGCUUGGGAUGAAUUCAGAAAAGGGGUUUCCCCCCACAAAAGGCCUUUUGUCUUAAGGCAAGAUAUGUUAAGCUUCCACUGAAAUAUCAAACCUUUCUUUCUAAUAUAAACCUUUCUUUUUAAUACCAUCUUAUUUCUGUCUCCUGCAGUAACAAUAGGAGCUAAGAGGGCUAUUAAGAGUUCAUCCAACUAAGGAACUGUUUGCUUUCCCAUAAACACGGUGUUCUAAUGUAGCCAUUCUCUCUCUGGGCCCAGACUCUCUUUCAGCCAUGCCGAGACUGUGAUUCUUGAGGACGUUGACGCUGAUGGCGGGCAGAGGGCGGCAGCUUUGAGACUGCUUAAGUUUGUCAACGUGACAAAAUGGACGCCAGAGUACGGCAAAAUCUUGACUUCCUACCAUCUCAAGGUGAACCUCCCUAUUAAAUUCUGCACUGACUGGUGAGGUAAAAUAAGCGAAAUGCAAUCAGUGCUAUCUAUUGCCAGGCCAGUGUUUACCAUCCCCUCAGGGGCCUCUUUCACACACUUGGAACCUGUUAUCAAGGCCCUUAUAUUUGCUUCUAGUCAAAAUGGAGGAAAACGUAGCCAAGGAGUCAGCAAUAUGAUGCCCUCCACAUUCCUUUUUCCCAAUCUCCUGAAGCACACCAGAACUGCCCAUACUGUUGAACCUCUAAGAGCCACAAAGACCUAACAUUUCCCUCCUCUCUUCCUCUUGCAGACCGUUUUGCUGUGGUGCUGUGAAAUCUACCCGCAGAAGGAACAGUGGGAGACUCUACUGUCCUCCCUGGAAGCCCUCCUGAGGCUCCUACGCCAUACCCUUGCCAAGAGAAACCUCCCGCACUACUUCCUGCAGUCCGUCAACCUCUUCAGCAGGCGCUACAAAUCCAGCAGCUCCACCUAUGGCCCCUUGGCCUUGGAGGUCCUGUGCCGUGAGGUCGAAGCGAUGCUGGCUGACCCCAUGGGAUACCUUCUGCCGGAUCCUGAACGGCAGGACCACUGCGCCAGCAGAGAGUUUGAGGAGAAGAUGGCGGACCUCCGGGAGUUUAAAGAAAGUCACCGGGAAGAUCUGAAGGAGCUGAAAAGAAUGCAGGAUGAGCAUAUGUAUGAGGAGGUGGAAAUAUCUGAAGCGUAAAGGCCAAGUCCUGUGUGAAGGACUAGAAAUCCAGAAAAGCGUUGUUCCACGCAGCAUAGAACUGGCCAUUCUGCCAUAGCUUUCCCACAAUACCAGAUUCCAGACCUCAUGACCACAGAGGUAAAAAACUGAAUAGUAUUUGGGCAAAGUCAGACGAAAGAUCACAGAAGGGUGCCAUACAGGGAGGACAUCUGAACCGCUCCUUGACAUUUUUGCCCACCUGCUCCCAUCAGCUCCAUAUGAGUCAUUGCGGUGUGAUGGCUUGCCAGGAUGAGGAACCUAUAGCCUUCCAUAUGCUGUGGGACUAAAACUUCCAGCACUCCAGGCCAGCACUGCCAAUGGUCAGGGAUGAUGGGAGUUGUAGUCCACCUGGCUGGAGGGCCCUUGAAUCCCUGUCCCCAGGCUUGAGUGCUGGACUGGAGAGACCCAAGUUCAAGUUCUGCCACAAAGCUGAACAUUGUGUCAGCCAUCGCCUCUUGGAUUCACCCACCUUACACAAGAUUUUUGAGAGAAGAAGGGAACUCUGUAUGCUUCCUCAAAUGAAGGACAGGACGAAGACAUAGCAACAAACAUUCCGAGGGCAUCCAUAUUUCAGUCUUAAAAAAAUUGUUUUAAUGCAUUUAACUCGAAAUAGAUUUAACAGCUUCUUGCCUGUGAUGUAAGGUUUAUCCUGACUGUGGAAUUGGGGGUUGCUAGUUACAAUAAACACAGUUCCCAAUUCCUUUCAUUUUUUACCACAACUUUAAAACCCAUGAAGUUCAUGCCCAAGCAGGUCCAGGGGUUUCUUUUUCCUUAGUGAAGAGCCUCCUUUUCCCAACUGACAGUCCAGCUAGCUGUGGCUCACGCAUCCCUGAACGUAGCAGCCUGUCGAGUGGGGCUGCCUGUCCUGCCCAGGCACUCCUUGAACAGCACCAGUUUAUGGAAACGGAAUCGUCCGAGCCUUAAGAGAAGGUGAGGGAAAAGGCCCGGUAACCAAAGUUGGUGAAGACGUCGAUGCGGUGGCUGCUUCCGGCAGCUGUCAGCACCUGAUGGCGAAGAGGAAGGGAAGAUGAGAGGGAAGAGGUUUAUCAGGUAUGGGGCGGCGGAAGGCCCACCCACUGCCCCACCUGCUCUGCUUCUAACCUUGCCCACCCCCUCUUUCUUGCUUUGCUCUCUACCACCACCAGCCACGGAAACAAAACCAUUGUUCUGUCCAGCAGAAAACAGCAAGUACUCAAGCCCAGGGAUGAGGAACCUCAGGGCCAGGGACCACAUCCAGUCCUCCAGGUCUCUGAUCCUUGGGAUUCUCCCUGGGCCACAUUCCUUCUCCAGCCACACACCUCCUUCCCAGGCCAGGCCCUCAGUGGGUCCUGCUUUGCACCCUUCCCUGAGUGAUUUGUUUUAUUUUAUUUUAUUGCCUGGCUGGGAAUUCUGACAAAGCCUCGUUUGCCUGGAGGGGAGUGUGAGUGCGUGUAGGAAUUAGCCUAGGGUGCUAAGGUAAGGUUUACAUUCCUUGCCCCCACCCCAACUUUUUGUCUCUAGUCCUGCCCCUGCAUAUGACCCUCAGAAUGUUGCUUAGAAGGGACCCCUGGAUUGCAAAAGGUUCCCACCCCAGUCCUAAUAAAAGAACAUCUUCUCCCACAUGCCUCUGCCUACCCCCAGUCAGAUCUCUGACGGAGGCCGAGGAACGCAGAACUGGCAAGUAUGCAGGGCAGGGCCUUCUGGGUUGUGGCACCCAGACUGGAGAACUCCCUCUCUUGUGGAGCACAUAUGGCUCCCUUUCUGCUGCUAUUUCAACACCUCCGUUCAACCUCUUAGGUUCAAUGGGCCUAUGGCCCACCCCCUUAUUAUUGUCUGGUUCUCCAGUGUGGUUUUGGUUUCUGUGCCACGGAUAUCACUUCAGGUUUGGGGGUUUGUUUUUUAACAUACUUUUCCCAAGAUAAUUUGCCGUUUACUCAUAGCCGUGUUUUAAAUUUGGUUUGUCAGCUGCCUUGAGAGAUUUCCACUUUGUAGGGAUAUAGUUGUUUUCAUUUGCCGGGGGCGAGGGUCCCACAAACUCGCCAUUUGGCGGUCCAGACCUCUGGGUUUCUACAAACUGAAGCCCAAAUUCACUACUUCUGCAGGUCCAACCCCAAGUGACAACCCACCUCUCAUUCACCAAGCCCCCUCUUGCUCCUUGGAAGCUUGGCACAUUCUUAUUUCAGCCCCCUCCCCCACGUCCACAGUCCUACUUGCCAAAGCUAAGCCCUGCCCCUUCCAAGCAGAAUUCCAGCCGCCUCCCUUUGCAGGCCAGACACCCUCCUACCUCCCUCCUGCCGCCCAGGAGCUUACCUUGUGCUCUGGCGAGUGUUCGUUGAUGGAAAGAGAGUGGAUGCAACGUGGGAUGCAAGGGAUUUGUGCCUUCACUUCCCCACUGAUCUGUAAAUGGUUAAUGGUGGGGCUGUGGCCAGCCGAGAGAAUCUGCGGAAGACAGAUCAUCAGGGAAAGAGGGCGCUGAGUGAAAGGGCGGGUUGAAUAGCUGUCAACCUUCCCUUUUUUUGCAGGAAAUUCCCUUAUUCCAGAGCCAUUUCCCGCUGCUAUCCCGGAUUGUUAGAUAUCCCGUAGACUGUCCCCGGGAUAGCUGAGGCUGCUGGUCCCUUAUUUUCGAGGAUGCUGAUCCCUUAUUUUCAAAUCUGAAAGUUGACAGCUAUGGCGGGUGGCAAUGAAACCAUUUUUAUGAAGAAUAAAAAAUUUGGCACAAAAGGGAAGAGCAAAGGAAGGGGAAAUAAGACUGGUUGGAUGAAGGAAUAACAACAAAGGAGCAGGGGGAAGAGAUGCAGGAAUCAAGGGAAUGAGGAAGCCAGUGAGAUGGGAGGCUAUGUGGCCCUCAACCCCUGGGGGGAUGACUCACCAAGUCCUGGUAGAACAUGACUUGUUGCUGACACUGGGGCACGGGGAAUAUCGUGGUAGGUGUGACGGACCGCAGGUGCCACAGAGUGAGCGCUGGGCCUCCACCACACACCUGUGGAAGGAGAAACAGGAAAAGGGUUGGAGAGAUCUUAAACCAGGAAGUCAGGGCGCUCCAUACUAGGGCCAGGGCCUGGUCUAAGGUGAGUCACAACAGCAGCCACCAUGCAAACCUAAGGGAAACAUUAAGAAAUGGGUCCCUCAAAUUCACGUUAAAGGGCCAUCCCAGAUCUGAAAAAGUGGAAGACUGCCUUAGGGAACCCACAACCUGCCGAUGACAAAAGCUCUCUGCAAGAGCCCUUUUGCUGACCCAGUGCACCAAACACUUGUCCAUUGCAAAUGUCAGCAGCCCCCCUUGCUUCCAAGGCCAGUUUCAGAAAAUAGGGGCAGAACAGGGAGCUCCAAAGAAAGGGGAAGCCAACGUCUCUGGACGUCCCAUGCGACAUUCGAGAACAGCAAGGCUCAGUGAACAACCUCCUCCUUCCCUCCCAGACUGCUGCACUCCAGCUCAAUAAAUUUUGGGAUAUUUAAGCUGUUCUCUUUCUGCAGCCAAGAGUCAAUGAACUCACCAUCCAGUCGGACUCGGUUGCCAGGCAACGGAUCCACUUCCCGUUCUGCGGCCUGUUGCAUUCCUAAGGGAGUUGAGGGGAGCAUUAGGGGAAGGUGGCCGAAGGAAGCAAUGGUUAAGUGGUGAAGCUGGUUAUCGAAAAUGAGUAAGGGCUCCAUUUCCUCAAAGGUUUUUCUUCAAUAAAAUAUGAGAUCGCAAGUGUGAGGUUGUCUCCCGUUAAUAUAGGUUCCUAGUUUUUAUUAGGGGUUGUUUUGAGGAGUUGCAAACACUUUGAUAAUAACAGCAGCUUAGUUUGCAUAUUUUUCUCUACUUUGUAAAUUAUUUUUAAAAUUUCUGGAUAGAUGGAGAAUGGAAGAAUGUGGAGGGAUAGGAAGGCACUGUGUUCCCUGGGGCAGAGGGAAAUGGGAUAAAACUGCAAUACCUCAUAAGGUUAUCUAAAAGGGUUUAAUCCUGGAUGGUGAUUUUGAAAUGGGCUAUUAAUCUUUCUCAUUGCUGCUAAGAUCAGUAUAGUGGUCAAUUAGACCACUAUUUAUCUGAGUGGUUUCAUAAAACGUGGAAUAUAAUAGCUCCAUUAUCUAAACUGACAUAUUACAGGAGAAUGCAUAAAUAACAACAGCCAACCUAAUCUAUGGAACAACAGUUUGUUUAUGAUGUUUUGGAAUGACAAACCUCAGGAAAAUAUCCAGUCAUAUACUUAAUUUUGCUUUAUUAUAACUAAUCUUUUAUUGUUUGUUUUCCUUUAUGAUUAUUGUUUGAUGCCUUCUUACAUUAAAAAUAAAGUUGUUGAUGAUGAUGAU